AUGUCGUCGCCGUCCGAAGGCCCCUCCAGGUCGAACGCGACCAGGAUGGAAGUCAUGGCGAACGACGCAUCAUCUCUCGCUGCGCACGCAGCCAGCGACAUAGGCCCGAAAUUCAGCCUCGGUAAAGGCAACACCGUCUCUGGGGGGACGAUGAUUGCGGGAGACUAUAUUAGUACUACCAAUAUCCAGAACAUCUAUCCCAACGCCGAGCCCACCGACUCUCCUGAAGCUCGUGACGCUCUGAUAUCCGACAUUACCUCUUGGUUCGAUCUCAAGUCGAACUCGAGAGCAAUCCACAAUGAUGUGAAGAAGAAACGAGACUGUCUCGAGGGCCACUUCCACCGCAUUUACUACGUCGUUGACGGUGUUGAUGAAGUCAACAACAACAACCGGUUCGACCUUAUCCAGGUCUUCAAACGACUGCAGGGGAAUAUCAUCUUCGCUUCUCGGCCCCUGGAACAUCUCCAAACCGAGUUAGAGGGCGCUCGAUAUCUGACAUUCCUCGCGCAGGACGAAGACCUCCGACUGCUCAUUGAGGACAGGUUGAGACGAUACCCGGGCUUGUGUCGCAUCUUGAAGAGGGACAAUUACCGGGAGGAAGCUACUAGGAAAAUAGCUGACAAGGCGGCAGGAAUGUUCCUCCACGCUGCUCUGCAGAUUGAGGCACUGCGCACCUGUCUGUCACCUGCUGCCAUUGAGGCGAAGCUCGAGGAGUUUCCCGCCGGAAUAGAGGGAAUGUACGCAAAUAGUAUCUCGCGAAUCGAAAGUCAGGACCCAGAGCUCGUCCGGAUUGCCAAGCAGAUGCUUUUUUGGCUCGUCUUUUCCCGCGGACCACUCUCGUUGCGGGACCUCCAAGCCGCCCUUGCUGUAAACCCCGAAACGCACAGCAUUGAGGAGGCCUUUAUGCCGGACGAACAAUCCAUCAUUGACCUGUGCUGUGGUUUGGUCGAAUUUAACGCGGAAAGUAAUGUCGUUCGAUUAGUUCAUUUCACCGCCAAAGACGCACUGGAACCCAUGCUCCGCAAGGAUAAUCCCCAGCCCCAUCUCUUCAUCAGCAAGGUCUUGGCUCAACGGAUGGUUGACCAUAAUAUACCUCAUUUCGCCAUCGCAGAGCACGAAGAUUUCGACGCCCUCAUUGAACAAAAACCACUUCUGGGUUAUGCCUACCGACAUUGGGGCACCCAUAUUCUGGAGUGCGGAGAUUCACCCGAAGCAAAUCAUAUCCCGAUGGGUUUUCUACGCCGGUGUACCUCCUUCCCCUGCAAGCUCUACGGCCCGGGAAGCGCCCUCGACCUCUUGCAACCACUCCACGUCGCUGCUCAUUAUGCCCUCCCGAUAUACUUAGAGCAUACUUUUGUAGGCGAUGGAGACCCCGAUGUACAUCCAAUGCCGAACACAGCCUCGUCCCAGGGUGCGUCCCAGCCAGCGGGCCAACACACGGAAAGUGCUACUAUCAACGAGGGUACGAUGCUAUUUUCGACUGCACUGAUAAUAGCAUCGGCUCUUGGCCACCUCGACUUCGUAAAACAGCUCCUUCAAAUUCAGAGCGUCGAUGUCAAUGCGAACGAUAAAGAGGGUGUCUCAGCAUUACACCUGGCAUCCGUGUUAGGGCAUAGGGAGAUCGUCCAAGAGCUUUUACAGGUCCCCGACAUCGACGUCAACGGUACAGACAACGACGGGUGGACAGCACUCAUACUGGCCUCGCAAAAUGGCCACGAUGGAGUGGUCAGCCAGCUCCUCCGGGUCCCCGGCAUCGAGGUCAACGCUGCAACCGCCGAAGGAGUGACUGCACUCAUUCAAGCCUCGCAAAACGGCCAUGAUGGAGUGGUCAGCCUGCUCCUCCGGGUCCCCAGCAUCCAGGUCAACGCCACGACCAACAUCGGGGUGACUGCACUCAUGCUGGCCUCGCAAAACGGCCACGAUGGAGUGGUCAGCCAGCUCCUCCAGGUCCCCGGCAUCAAGGUCAACGCUGCAACGACCGACGGGGGGACGGCACUCAUGCUGGCCUCGCAAAACGGCCACGAUGGAGUGGUCACCCAGCUCCUCCGGGUCCACGGCAUCGAGGUCAACGGUGCAGACAACAACGGGUGGACGGCACUCAUGCUGGCCUCGCACAACGGCCACGAUGGAGUGGUCACCCAGCUCCUCCAGUUCCUGGGAAUUGACGUUGAUGUUGCUAACUCUGCUGGCGCGACGGCUUUAUCUGCAGCGCAGGAACAGGGACACACGAGCGUCGUAGAGCUGUUAACCAACUUCACUUGCAACCGAUCGAAUCCCGUUGGCACUACCCAGCGAGAGAAAAGACGGCUGCAUUCUCCUCCCAGUGACUCUGAGACGCCUCCCAAGAGAACUCGUUUAUAG